CUUUGCAGUCACGUUUUCCGCCAUCUUAAGUUACUUUGCGGCAAUCUGUUUGAGUAUUUUCCCCACCGAAACGAUCCAAAAUGGCGUAUAAAGGACAGAAAGUGCAAAAAGUCAUGGUACAACCUAUUAACUUGAUAUUUAGGUAUUUGCAAAAUAGAUCACGAAUUCAGAUUUGGCUGUAUGAGCAAGUGAACAUGAGGAUUGAGGGCCAUAUCAUUGGUUUUGAUGAGUACAUGAAUCUUGUUUUGGAUGAUGCAGAAGAAGUACAUCUCAAGACCAAGAAAAGGAGACCACUUGGAAGGAUAUUGUUGAAGGGAGACAAUAUUACCCUUCUCAUGAAUACAGAAGCCAGCUGAUGAGUGCCUUGGCUAUGCAUCACUGAGCUCUGUGAUCAAGAACGUUUUUGUAGUAGUAGUAACUCCAUGUGGAAUGUGCCUCUUUGAUAUCCACAUGGUUUAAUAUUUCUUGUAGUCUUGAAACUAGUAACACUAUUGAAAGAGCGUGUAACUUUUGUUAAGAACUUUGAAUGGAACUGUUGUACAUAGGAGUGACGACUGAUUUUUAUUUGUUUGAGUAUGGAUUACUGUUGCUACGUUGUUCUCUAUAAUUGACCAAUCACACCCAAAAUGCAGUUGCCUUUCUAUAUUUGUUUUAAAAUUAAUUCCAGUAUGUUUCCUUUGCCAUGUCUCGACCUGCUUCAAUAUUACUUGAAAAGUUCAUGGUUUUACCUACCCUUAGUGGAAAAAAAAAAUGUAAUGAGUCGUUUUUUAUGCUUAAACCCUCUUGCCAAACAAUUGUUCAAAAGCUGAAAGCUGUUAACUGUGAUAUCCAAUAUUGGCUUAUAAUGGAAAGUGAGAUAUUUGUUGCUUGUCAAUGUUUCUGUCCUAGCGCAUUUGGGCAGUAUCUUUAUUAGAUUAAAAAAAAAAAAAAAUGACAAAACGCAAGUUGGGGAAAGUAAACAUGUAACAACUAGCCUGGUUGCAUAAUUAACCAUAACCUUUUCCUUUAAUAUUGAAAUAAAAUGAUGACUAACUCUUUUGA